AUGCCGAGCGACUCCUCGGUUGCCGUCGAGUGGGCGACUCUCCUCUCCUUGUGGCGUGAGCGUCAGCGCGCGCUCGCCUCCCACGCCGCCGAGUCGCUCAAGCUUCCCGCGCUCCCUCUGCCCAACGGUGGCGGCGACACCGCCGGCGACACUGCCGGCACGGCUGCCGCCGGCGGCUCCGUGCAACACCUGUACGCGGCGGACCCGCAGCACCUUGCCCUCGACGUGCAGGACGCGGCGACCGCCGCCGGCGACCGCGCGAGGACGUUCCACGCCCGCCUUGCCCGGCUCGAUGCAGGCAUCGCUGUGCUCGGCGCGGCUGCGGCCGCCGCGGCCACGGCGGCGGCAGCGGCCGGCGACGAGGGCGCCGACGCGUGGGUGGAGAGCGAUGCGACGGGUGCGUGCGCCGCGCGGCCGUACGUCUCCCUCGCCGCGCGCAAGCGGUUGCGGGUGCUGGAUGGCGCGCCCUCCGCCGCCGAUUUGUCCCUCGCGCCGUCCUUGCUGUUUGGGCGGACGGCGCUGGAUUGCGCGCGGUUCCUUGCGGAUGAGGCGCUGCAGCGAGGGGAGGAGGAGGCGACGGGGGAGGGGGAGGGAGAGGCGAUGCGGGGGGGCGAGGGAGAGGCGAUACGGCGGGGGGAGGAGCAGAUUGCGGCGGUGGAGGCGGCGCGCCACGCGUUGCGGUGGGCGGCGGGAGCUGGCGGCGGCGAGGGAGAUAUGGGGAGAUAUGGGGAGAUAUGGGGAGAUGUACGGGGAGCUGGCGGCGGCGAGCGCGGCGGCGAGGGCGGCGGCGAGGGCGGCGGCGGCGGUGAGGAAGAGGCGGAGGAGGAGGCGGAGGGGGGCGAGGAGGGGCAGACGGCCGGCGGCGGCGGAAAGCGGCCUCGCGAGCGGGCGAUGCUGUUCGUUGGUCGGCCAUUCCUGUCCCUGUGUCUCCCGGACCUGUCCUGGCACUUUUUGCAGGCGAUGCUCCUCGUCGGUCGGCCUGUUGCGCUGCGGGGCGGGGCGGGGCGGAGAGUCGGCGCGGCUGGCUUGGUGGACCAGAGGUCGUUCGGUGCUGCGGCGCUGCAGGCUCAGAGCGGCGAGCUGCGGCGCGGAGUGUACCGCACCUUUGGACCCACCUCCGUCUCCGGCAAGCCGACGGGGUGCGUGGUGGACGUGGCGCUCUCCUCCCCGAGGGGCACCGGCCUGCGGCUGGCGGUUGGCUCUGGCGAGGGCCCUCACGAGGCACUGCUCUACGACCUCCGCACUGAGGCGUGCCGCGUCCUCGGCAGCGGCGCCGGCCAGCCGCACGCGACGACGGGCGGCGCGGGCGCGGGCGCGGGCGGCGGCGCGGCGGGCGCGGAGGGGGAAGGGGGAGGGGUGGGCGCCGUCGAGUUUGAGCCCGAGGGGGCGGAGGAGGAGGAGGAGGAGGUGCCGGCGUGGGCGUACGUGUGCGAGGAGGCGGGACACACCGACCACGUGCUCUGCCUCUGCACGCACGCGCGGGUGGAGGGGCUGGCAGCGUCGGGAGGCAAGGACAACGCGCUCGUGCUGUGGGACGUGCGCCACCGCAUCGAGCUCGGCCGCAACCCUCUCGACCUGGCCUUCGGGCACGGACCCUGCGACGGCUCUCUCCUGGCCGCGAUGGACUCGCUGCCGGGCGAGGAGGGUCAGGCCCUCGUCAUCGACGCGGAGACGCACCAGCUUCGGCUCGCGCUGAGCGCGUCGACGGUCGGUCCGGGCUGCGCGGGGCACGUGUCUUGCCUGCACGCGUCGCUAAGCGGGGGGACCCUGCUGACCGGCGCCGCCGACGGGUCCGUGCGGCAGUACUGCGCGCGCGACGGCUCGCUGGUGUUGCAGUACAAUAGCGGGAUGCGAGACGUGAACCUGACGUCGCUCUCGCGCACGUGCUCGACACGCGCCGGCCCGACAGGCCGCCGCACAGUGCUGAGGCGCGAGGCGGCGGCACCUGCCAAGACAUGUCCACGACAUGUCCGGGACAUGUCGCAUAGACCGCUGCACGUGCUGAGGCACGAGCCGGUGGCGCAGCACGUCAACGGCGUGACGGCGCAGUGGGCGCACAGCGCGGGCACGGUCAUGGUGCGGCUGUGGGACGUCUCGCUCGCCCAGCCGAUGCUCACCUCGUUGCCGGGCCACUCUGCGCCGAUCAGCUGCCUCGCGAUCGCACCCGACGACGACCUCGUCGUCUCUGGCGGCGACGAGGGUAAGGUGGUCGCGUAUAGCCGCCACUCGGCGCCUUCGGUGCUGCACAUGCAGAGCGGCCGCUGGACGCUCGGCCGCGACCAGGACAACUUCCUCAGCCAGCGGGGGGUGCUGCCUGCAGCCGCGGGCGCGGGGCACGGCUGA